AUGAAUUGUUUACCCCCAAAGAAGCGCGUUUGUCUGAAUUUGCAUCACUAUGCUAUACCUGCCACCUCCGAGGACUCAGGUAAUGCUGUUCAAGAACCUAUCAACUCUAAGGCCCGGCAGCGACGUAAAACUCCCACAGAUCGUUUUUACAUGUUUCGAUGGCUUCCCAAGGAGCUUCAGCUUGAAAUAUGGAAGAUGGCCGCUGCAGACAUUGAUGCGAAAAUUAUUACGAUAGAUACCAAAGUCCACCCCAUCAAUGAACAAUCGCAAGUCAAUCAGUACCAUCGAGGUCCCGCAUACAUUCACAGAAAUAGCGUUUCCGCCGACACUGAAAUCACAUCACUCGUGGCCCAUUAUCAAAUUCCAAGCCUUCUCCACACCUGCGGAGAUGCUAGAGAAGUAGGAUUGAAAUACUACCGCCCAGUAUUUGGCCGCGAAAUAGGCGGCGCACCUAUCUACAUGGCUAUAGACCAUCGUCGUGCUCCGGAUACAUUUUAUUUCAACAACCUGAACGCUCUAACAAUGCUCCGCUCACGCACACGAAAUUUCAACAGGGGUGUUAAAAAUGAUUUGGAUUCUAUCAAAUCUGCUAUAGUGUGUAUGAAAGUGCACAAUGGCCCUCGCAGGAACAAUCGAGGUCUCCGUUGGAUAACAUCAUCGCUUCGAGAGAUCAGCACUUUAUGGAUUGCACGGGAUGAACCGUGUAUUUGUAGCCAGAAGCACACCACAAUGGCAUCAACAGUAAGGCAGUUGCCGCACUUACUAGCAGAAACCAUGAUUGAGCAGCACGCUACCUUGCAACAAAAGAAGAAGCUUGAGAGUCGUGAUUUUUGUAUCGACGAGAUCAUCAGAUGUGUAGAGAACCCAGGACAUUCUGUUACGAACUACGGGUUUAAGAUCCCGCAGGCUAGAAUCACGUCGGUAGAUAAGCUGAAGCAAAUUUAUGAGAAGUCGGUUGGGAGAGGGGCACGAUCUCUUGCUACUCUCGAAUAUCUUCAAAAGAUGCUAAAGUAA